AUUGAAUGUGCUGCUUAUAAUCCUGAACCAUACCUCUCUGGAGAAACGGAGUCAGAUUCCUGUGCCGUGGAACAUGGUUUUCUUUGGAUUGGCAGUUGUACUAAUCAAAUGGGCCAGAUUGCAAUAGUCUCAUUUCAAAGCUCCAGCCCCAAGGUUAUUGAGUGCUUCAAUGUGGAAUCACGGAUUCUCUGCAUGGUCUACAUACCAGAGGAGGAGAAACUGAAAGAGCAAAAUAAGGCUCUAGACCCAGAAAAUGUUCUUGCAAAAACUUCUAAUGUGCCUACUAUUUGCCUUGGCAUGGAAGAAGGAAGUAUUUCUAUUUACAAAAGUUGCCAAGGCUCAAAGAAAAUUCGACUCCAGCACUUCUUCACUCCUGAGAAAUCAACUGUUAUGAGCUUAACAUGUACGUCUCAAUACUUGUUUGCUGGCUUGGUGAAUGGAAACAUUUCAAUCUACACAAAAGCAGAAGAUGGCACUUGGAACACGGAACCUCAGAAGAUAGUUAAACUGGGGGUUCUGCCUGUUAGAAGUCUGCUUGUGAUGGAGGAGACCAUUUGGGCUGCAUGUGGUGGGCAAAUAUUUAUAAUCAGCACUGUGACACAUUCCAUAGAGAGCCAUUUUGAAGCUCAUCAAGAGGAAGGGAUGGUUAUCUCUCACAUGGCUGUUGCUGGAGUGGGAAUCUGGAUUGCCUUCACAUCUGGAUCUACGCUUCGCCUGUUCCACACUGAGACACUGAAACACCUCCAGGAUGUUAACAUUGCCACGCCUGUUCACAAUAUGUUACCAGGGCAGCAACGUGUUUCUGUGACCAGCCUCCUGGUGUGCCAUGGCUUACUGAUGGUUGGAACAAACCUGGGUAUAAUAGUAGCGUUACCAGUGCCACGCUUACAGGGGAUUCCCAAAGUAACCGGAAGAGGAAUAGUGUCAUAUCAUGCACACAACGGCCCAGUCAAGUUUCUUGUAACAGCUGCAUCUAUAAACAAGAAGAACAGAAAUAAAUUGCGGAACAGCCUGCCUCCUGGCUCAAAACCUAAAGACGACGACCAAAAGAACGUUUUGCACAAUGAAAGACCAGGCUCUUCCCUUAGUAACACCCAUGACACUGCAAUUUGGCUGGGGGGUUCAGUAGGAUCCAUUGCACAAAAAAGUGACUUGUCAUCAUCUUCUGGAUCCCUUACUUUGUCUCACGGAUCAAGUUCCCUAGAACAUAGGCCAGAAGACAGUAACAUUUACGAGCUUUUGAAAGAUCAAAAUAUCUCAUUUAAAAGUAAAAGACAGAGAUCCAAAAAAAUGAAAUCAAGUUCAGUAUUAGUCAUUUCUGGUGGCCAAGGACACAGAAGAGUGAACAAGAAGACCAAGCAGCAGCGACAAGAUGAACUAGUGUCUUCAGUAAUGGUCUGGCAAAUACCACUAUUAAAUAUCUAA